AGCGACUGGCGUACUUUCGGUUGCGUAAUAAAUAGAUUUAAUAUAUACGUCAGGCCGUACGUCAUUUCGUCUCACAAAUAUUGCGACUACAAUACAUUCAUUUGCUAAGAAGGGUGGUAGGCUGAAGGCUCACAGCUACGGCUACUGAAUUAUUGCAGAGGUCAGAAGCGACCCCACUUGAGAGUCAGUACACGGAUAUAUACUGAGACAGAUUCUCAGCGCUGCAAAUUCACAAAAAACCAACGGCAUACACGAAUAUUACACGAUGGCAGCACAAGUGAAUCAGUACCAGAGCAUGGCACCAAUCAGUCAAGGCCCGCGACCCGGUGGAAGGAACAUGAAUUACAACGGACCACCUCCACAGCCAAACUCGAUAGUGGCAUAUAAUCAACACCCGCCUAUGCAUCCACACGGCGUCUCGAACGUAGGUGCACGACAAGAUGGGCCUUCGCAGGGGGGAGCAACUGUGUACCGUGACGGUGGAGACGAGAGUGCGAAGCGUGUCAAAAGGCUUGAAAGGAAUAAAGAAGCUGCCAGACAAUGUCGCGUAAAGAAAAAGGAGUACAUUAAAUGUCUCGAGAGUCGGGUCAAGAAUCUGGAGCAGCAGAACCUGAAGCUAAUGAAGAUGAUUGAGGAUCUGAGGAAAACGAAUAGCAAGCCGAUGAGCAGCAAGAACAACGGCAGUAACGCAGAUGAUAACGACAGAGCAGCAGAGAAAAAUGAUUAUUAAUCGCCAUUACCACGAUAUGUGAGCAACUAGGUCCUCCAGUGUGCUCAGAUGUCGCAGUUGCUUGGCGUUGUCAAGCUAUGUUUACAAUCCUAGUAACAUUUCCAUGUGCAACCUACUCAGGUCGGUAUUCUUGUACGUCCGUAGCCCCGAAAGGCCCUCAAAAUUAUUCUGGAUCAUUAUCUUAACAACCAACCCGAGACUACUAGUUAGAUGAGGUUCAAUAAUUAAACUCGCUAAUUAGAUAUCUAGGUUCGACAUAAUUGUCUCCCGAUGAUGUGAUAAACACAUCUUUCAAA